CUGUGUAAUUUAAAACCUCUGAAAAGUCUGCUGCAGUACUUGCCCUGCGUUAUUUUAACAUGAGGGCUGGAUGCAGACAGUUCUCCAAAGGAUCCCCUUCCCCACCGCAUGAAAAAAAGGAGUGAACGACAAACCUGAGUACAACCUGAAAGGUCCAAAUCGGUGAUCUUGUGGCAUCCUUUGCCUAAACUCAGGAAUUCUACAUAUUCCAGCUGUAUCUCAUCGUUUCUGAACUGCAUUAGUUAAUAUUACACAAACUCAGAUUUCAAAGGAAUCCUUUCACAGUUUCAUCUAUCACACAAAGUAAUUGAGGCCAGCUGGAUGUCAGGAUGCAAGUGGUUGCCAUUAUAAUAUUGCUCUUCUUUUGUAAAACAUCUGAAUUUAGGAAGACAAGUUUGGGGAGUUCAAGAAGCAAAGCUCACAAUGGAAGAGCAAACAAUGGCCGGAGGGCCUCUAGCACUGUGAAGCGUUAUGCCCCAGGCCUUCCAUGUGAUGUAUAUACUUAUCUUCAUGAAAAGUACUUAGAUUGUCAAGAAAGAAAACUAGUUUAUACUUUGCCUGGUUGGCCUGAGGAUUUAUUGCACAUGCUGCUAGCAAGAAACAGAAUCCGUAUUUUGAAGAACAAUAUGUUUUCCAAGUUUAAAAAACUGAAAAGCCUGGAUUUACAACAAAACGAUAUAUCCAAAAUUGAGAGUGAGGCUUUCUUUGGUUUAAACAGACUUACCACCCUCUUACUUCAGCACAACCAACUAAAGGUACUGACAGAGGAGGUGUUCAUUUACACGCCUCUUCUAAGCUAUCUGCGUCUCUAUGACAAUCCUUGGCACUGUACUUGUGAGAUGGAUACACUGAUAUCAAUGCUGCAAAUCCCAAGAAACAGGAAUUUGGGGAAUUAUGCCAAAUGUGAAAGUCCACGAGAACUGAAAAACCAAAAGUUGAAGCAGAUAAAGUCUGAACAGUUAUGUAAUGAAGAUGAAAAACACCAACUGGCCCCCAAGACUCAAGUAUCAGGGAGACCUACAGUUGUUAAGCCCGAGGCUGACUCUUCUCUUUGCCACAUUUAUGUGUUUCCAAUACAAACACUAGAUUGCAAACGAAAAGAACUAAGGAAAAUUCCAAACAAUAUCCCUCCAGAUAUUAUUAAACUUGACUUAUCAAACAACAAAAUCAACCAACUUCAGCCUAAGGAGUUUGAAGAUGUUCAUGAAUUGAGGAAAUUAAACUUGAGCAGCAAUGGGAUUGAAUUCAUCGACCCUGCUGCUUUUUCAGGACUCACAAACUUAGAGGAAUUAGACUUAUCAAACAAUAGUCUACAAAACUUUGACUACGGAGUAUUAGAAGAUCUCUAUUUUUUGAAAAUCUUGUGGCUUAAAGACAAUCCUUGGAGAUGUGACUAUAAUAUCCACUACCUUUACUACUGGUUAAAACAUCACUAUAAUGUUCGUUAUAAUGGCCUGGAAUGCAGAACACCUGAAGAAUAUAAAGGCUGGCUUGUUGGAAAAUAUGUUCGUAGUUACUAUGAAGAAUGCCCAAAGGACAAGCUACCAUCAUACCCUGAUCCAACUGACCAGGAUACAGAAGACGAUGCAUGGGAAAAAAUACAUCGAGACCACAUGGCAAAGAAACAAAGUGUCAGGAUUACCAUAGUAGGUUAACUUAGAAGAAAUCUUCUUUGUAAGUAGCUUAGGUUUGAUAUUCGCUUAAGGAAAAUAUUAUGUUUACAUUUUGGUUAACUGUGUUAUGUCUAUGAAGGAAUAUCCAGUUAACGGGGUUUCUUUAAUUAUUACUUUAGCUGUUAACUAAAGGAACAAUCUCAUGCUGUUUAUCCUAUACAUAAAUGGCUGAGCAACAAUUGCUCACAGGCAUUCUACAAUGGUAAAUUGCAUGAGAUUGGGUUCCACAUGAUGGCAUUAAUAAUUACAUAAUGACCUGUAUAACUUUUUUUACUGUUUAAAAAACUUGGUUCAUUCUUGCCAGGCAUUUUGAAAGUAUUUGUAAAU